AUGUCGAUGUCGCUCACGCCUGAUCACUUCAGGAAGUCAGGGUUCGGACUCGUACCGUCUCCAGCUCCGUUCCUCACGCCUCGCCCGGAGAGACGCCGGCCGGAAUCCAGGAGUUCCGACCUCAGCUCCAACCGUCAGGACCGAGAUAAAGAGGUUAACGUCCAGGUCCUUCUUAGAUGCAGGCCGCUAAGUGAUGAAGAGCAAAGAGCGAAUGUGCCCAGGGUGAUCUCUUGCAAUGAGCACAGACGAGAAGUCACUGUUCUGCAAAGUGUUGCUAACAAGCAAGUGGAUAGGGUUUUUUCGUUUGACAAGGUUUUUGGGCCUAAAGCGCAGCAGAGAUCGAUUUAUGACCAAGCGAUUGCGCCCAUAGUGAAUGAAGUUCUCGAUGGUUUCAACUGUACUGUAUUUGCUUAUGGCCAGACGGGGACAGGCAAAACGUACACAAUGGAGGGUGGAAUGAGAAAUAAGGGUGGAGAUUUGCCUGCCGAGGCUGGUGUUAUCCCAAGAGCUGUUCGCCAAAUAUUCGAUAUAUUGGAGGCCCAAAAUGCAGAUUACAGCAUGAAAGUGACGUUCCUGGAGCUGUACAAUGAAGAAAUAACUGAUUUGCUGGCUUCAGAAGACAAUUCGAGAUCCAUUGAUGAUAGGCAAAAGAGACCAGUUUCAUUGAUGGAAGAUGGAAAGGGUUGUGUUGUUUUAAGAGGGCUUGAAGAAGAAGUAGUUCGGUCCCACUCUGUCUUUUCUAUUACUGUCCACAUAAAAGAAUCAAAUAUUGGGGAAGAAGAGCUCAUUAAAUGUGGCAAGCUUAAUCUGGUUGAUUUGGCUGGAUCAGAAAACAUCUCGCGUUCUGGGGCGAGAGAGGCAAACCAGAAAAUAUCCAAGACUGUUUUGCUCAAAGAUCUGUUUUUAGAGAUUGAUCGAAUGAAAGAAGAUGUUCGAGCAGCGAGGGAAAGAAAUGGUGUGUAUGUUCCACAUGAUAGAUUUGCCCAGGAAGAAGCAGAAAAGAAGGCCAGGGCUCAGAAGAUAGAACAAUUGGAGAUCGAGUUGAACCUCAAUGAGAAGGAAGUUGAUAGGUUCCGUGAGCUCUAUAUGUCUGAGCAAGAAGAAAAACUUGAAGUGACAAGUGAGCUCAAGGAUUGCAAGGUGAAUCUAGAGAAGAGUAACAAGGACCUGUUAGAUCUUCGAGAACAAUAUAGAGUCGCAAUCUCGACAUUAAAGGAAAAAGAGUUUAUCAUCUCUAAGCUUCUGUAUUCAGAAAAUUCUUUAGUUGAAAGGGCAAAGGAGUUGCGGAAUGGCUUGCAAUCUGCUUCAGAAGAUAUUACUUCACUGUUCACAACAUUAGAGUUCGAAGUUGUAGCUGAUGGCACUGGUCUUGGUACCUGCCAGGCAACCAAGGCUUUGGAAUCACGGAUAAGGAAAAUGGCAGAUGCAUAUUCUUCAGGGAUUGAAUCCUUGAAGGAGUUUGCUAAUGCUAUGAAGGAGAACUCUUCUUCUGACCUGGAGCAGUUAAACGCCACAAUCUCAUCUCAAGUGUCUGCUAUUGAACAGUUGUUGGCGGUCACUGUAUCAGAGGCCCAAAGUAGUAUUGAGGAUAUUCAGAAUUCUCUACGUGAACAAGAACAUAUCUUAUAUAUCUCCACUCAACAACAAGAGAAGGGACUAGAAAGAAGCUUGAGACACACUCAAGUGAUAUCAAAAGCAACAAUGGACUUCUUCGAUGACAUCAACGUUCAGGCGUCUAAAGUUAUGAAUGUUCUUGAAGAAAGCCAAACCAAACAAUCUGAUUGGUUAAACAAUUUCCAUCAGACUUUUCAAGAACAGACAGCGAGAGAGGAGAAACAAGCUCUGGAAGAUAUUACAAAAAUACUAGGCAACAUGACUUCUAGAAGAACAGCUCAUGUCAUGGAGGCAUCCAGGAGCAUGCAAGGCAUGAGAACAGAUGAACAUAAGAAAAUGCAACAAGAGAUGAGCUACAUUCAUCAGGCCUCAUCAGAUGCUAAUAAGGAGUUGAGGAGACAUGCGGAAGAAGUAAAGAGAAACUUCAUGGCUGACUCAUUUUCAGUGGCCGAGUCAAGGGUAGUCAUGGAAACCGUCCUCCAAGAAUGUUCGGAUAAGGUGAACCGGUCUAAGGAGCAGUUGGAAAAUGCGCAAUCAAAAGUAAGCGAUCUCAAUCGAAGCAGUGCUCUGGGAGUAGAAGCUGCUGUGAGAGAAAAAAUCAGCAUCAACAACGUUGCACAGCAGCAAUUUCUGUCAGCAUCCUCAGCUGUUGACGAAGAAUUUUGUGGCAGGACAGUUGAUGUUAUGGCAGCAGUGGAAGAUUCCCUGACGAGAGAUCAGGAGAGCACGAAGGAGAUGGAUGCCAUGGCAACGUUGUGCAUGAAUCAGCUGAAGACCAUACAAGAGAAGCACGGCGAAAGCAUAGCAAGCAUCAGGAGCAAAGCAGACAAGUGCCUGACCCAAGAUUAUGAGGUCGACGAGGACACAAGCUCGAGGCCUGAAAGGAGGGUCAUUUCUGUGCCUAGCAUGUCCUCCAUUGAGAAGAUGAGAAUGUCGUUCCCAGCGGCCGCAAAUGGAAGUGUGGAAGAAGAGGGAGAGAAUGUGGGGCACAGAUUGUCUUCGCCGUCAAAAUGGAGUCAUCAUCAUCAUCAGAUGACUGAGAGCAAGAACCCGCAACUGGUUCAUAGUAGUAGAGCUCCUCUUGGUGAUGUCAACUGAGAAGGGGAAGAAAGGUAAAGGGCAGGAUGUAUGCUCACUUCUGGAUGUAUGCUCGCUUAGCUCAUCAACUGAUGAGCUCCUUGAAGAAGCAGGCUUUAGAUAUAUAUAUAUAUAUAGCUGAAUGACUUGUACUUGAAAUUAUUAAUCACAUUAUUAGUGUUCCCUUGGAUAAAAGGAAGCUUCUUCUUAUCUUAAGCUUUUGUGGAAGUGAUUUCGGUAUUUUGUUGUGAACUGGAGAGUGUUUUGGUUGGUUUG